UCUACAUGUAUGUGUCGCGGGUAAACAAAAUAUGACAAGUCAAGUUUAAAUAACAUAUUUCUUGCUUGUCUACCAGAGUCAUGAGUAGAUCUCACUCGAGGGAAGGUGGCAGCUCAUCUGCAACUCCUGCUCUUGUGAAAAGAUUAUGCUGCAGAGUGACGAAACUCCCUGAAAAUGAAGUUCAACCAUAUUUACAACUAGCUUACAAGUUACUUGCAAGUUCUUCAAGCUUGCCUGUGGACAAUGAUGAGUUCCAGGUUUCCGAGAGAAUAAGAAAGCAGUUGGUAAGGCGUGGAAGGGAAAAGGAUGCUGCCACGUUUGCAGAACUGCACAGAAAGCUACAGACACAGGGAUUGGUCAAGAACAGAUGGGCAGUGUUGCAUGUGUUAAAGUCCAUCAGUGAAAGCGAGGCCAGACAUGCUCGUGACAAGUCGACCAGUUUACUAUUUGGCCAAGGGCUCCCUGCCUAUGCGACGUCUACCCCUUUCAACGCAGCAGCCCAGAGGAGACUUAUGCCUGGGCCUGGGUCACAUGAACACCAUGGUGGAACCCCAUCCAUACACUCCAUUGACACGACAGGCAGUAGUGGAAUCAGCAGUAUCCAUGGUGAUAUCCGUAGUAACGACCCCACCCCUGUACCGCAGUCAUUUCUGCCAGGGACAACAUUUGCAUCUGUGGAUGGCGACAAGACACACAGACAUGCCGCCAUGUCUCGUCUGGUUGGGGCUGUCUCCAGAAGGGACACAGAAUCGAGUUCUGCUGUGGUUCCUAGAGGUGGAAGAAGCACGGUGAAAGCCCAGGGGGAGAAUACGAGUUUUGAGAUCCCGGAGACUGAACUUGUCCGUGACUUGGUUUACGUCUUUCAAGGCAUUGAGGGCAAAUGGGUUCACUUUGACCCUUCCAAAGACGGAUAUAAGGUCGACGCCCAGGCUGGCAUUCCUAAAGCCAUUCGUCAGCUAGUGAGCAAACUGGCUGAGUGUGGCUGGCUGUUUAACAAGGUGAAAAACUACGUUGAGACACGGAGUGCAGACAAGACAUUUGGACUGGUGGGACAGAGUUUCUGUGCAGCUUUACAACAGGAACUGACAGAAUAUUACAGACUCAUAGCUGUGCUGGAAUCUCAGAUACAAGAUGAGGUUGACCAGGGUAUUGGGCUGGCGACACAUGGCAGUAUUACGCUACGUCGGCUGGUCGUGUGGACAUUCGACCCCCUCAUACGUUUGAAGACCCUUGCAGCCCUGGUUGAUGUGUGUAAAGGGAAGAAGGGAGGAGCGUUGGCUUCAACUAUCUAUUCCUACAUGCAACAUGGUGACCCAUUUGUCAAGUCCCUAAUCAAACAUAUUCUAACCAUGGUGUCCCAGCCGAUCUAUGCCACCCUGCUGAGAUGGAUCUACGAUGGUGAACUAGAGGACACUCAUGAUGAGUUCUUUGUUGCUGCUGACCCAACUGUGAAGAAUGACCGAUUAUGGCACGAUAAAUACAGUUUACGGAAAUCAAUGAUUCCAGCUUAUAUAACCACAGACCAAGCUCGCAGGAUCCUGUUGACAGGAAAGUCCAUCAACUUUCUCCGCCAGGUUUGUCAGGACCGAACCCCAACCCCGGGGAGAGAGAUGGCUAUGGCCUUCGAUAUGAGUCAGGCCGAGUGGAUGUUCACCCAGGACCAAAGUAAUAACUUCCAGGACAUGAUCGACAAGGUAUACAAGGAGACAAGUCGACACCUGCUCGAUGUGCUACAUGCAAAAUACAAGUUCAUGGACCACCUUAAGGCGAUGCGGCGAUACCUGUUGCUUGGACAAGGAGAUUUCAUCAGACACCUUAUGGACUUAUUAGAGGAGGACCUAGCUAAGCCGGCCUCCAACCUGUAUCUUCACAACUUGACUGGUAUAUUGGAAACAGCUAUACGUGGAACUAACGCACAGUUUGACGACUCAGACAUCCUUAAGAGGCUUGAUGUCCGCUUGCUUGAGGUAUCCCCAGGAGACACAGGCUGGGAUGUGUUCAGUCUCGACUAUCAUGUGGACGGACCAAUCAGAACAGUGUUUACCCCAGAGUGCAUGAUAAUGUACCUCCGGGUGUUCAACUUCCUAUGGCGCGCCAAAAGGAUGGAGUAUGUUCUUGCCCUUAUAUGGAAAAACCAGAUCUUCAACUCAAAACUCCUUGAGUCUUUACCUGAACUGUCUCGAAUUCUUCACCAGUGCCACAUUCUUGGAAGUGAGAUGGUUCACUUCAUUCAACAGACACAGUACUACAUCAGCUUUGAGGUACUUGAGUGUUCCUGGCAUGAACUACUGGGGAAGGUGCGGGAGGCGGAAGACCUGGACUGUGUUAUAGCCGCGCAUCAGGUGUUCCUAGACACUGUUAUCACACGGUGUCUUCUGGAUGAACAGUCAAGGCAUGAUGAUAGUAGGGGGAGAGUGACAUAUCAGGGCAUUCUGACCCAGCUGCGGACGAUAUUCGAUCUGAUAAUCGACUUCCAGCAGGCCCAGGACGCCUUCUAUGAGACAGCGCAACAUGAGCUUCUGGCCCGCCAACAUUAUGCCAAGCUCCAGAGACAGAGAACUAGUGAGGGUGACUGGGGCAUUACUGAGGCAAUGGAGGAAGAGGAGCGUGCUCGCCGGGUGGAGUUCCUCAAGACAGUGAUACCCUCUACACGAGCCAAGAUGGCCGUCCUGGCACAGUCAUACCAGGACAUGGUCCAGCAAUUUCUGGUGAUGGUGACAAGCCACCAGGACGUGAGUCUGCGCUUCCUGUCGUUCCGUCUAGACUUUAACGAGCAUUAUAAGGCGCGGGAGCCACAGCUGUACGGCACUCCCGGCAACAUGCGUGCCAAAAGACUCACAUAAAGAUGAUACCAGUAAAAAUUAUGAGAUGCAUGGAUGUGAUUUGUGGAUCUUAUAGUGCCAGGGACCAUAAAAAAUCAUAGAAAAAUGAAGAAAUAUUUAUUUUUUUAAUUGAUAUGAAUAGUUAGGUGGUUGCUUUUGGUUUUUACUUUAUUUUUUUUUAGUAUUGACAUUCAGUUUGCUUCAAGUUGUAAGUCAGAGAGAUCCCUCAAGACGGCUUCUAAAAAGCCAGUUUUGCUUAUGCAGCAUGGUGGGGUAAAGUGCCGUCCCAACCCAACGCUAAAAUAGUUUGAGCCCAUCAGCCGCCAGAUCAGUCACAUUCCUGCCUUCAGUGUCAAACUUUUACAGAAAUUAAACUUUGAGAAAAUUCUUUGUCAAGAUUCAUGUAUGAUGAAUUAAUGGGAGGUUGACAAUAUUCAGGUGUUCUGUGUACAAUUAUUCGUGAUGACCCCAUAUCAUUUUGGUAUCAUUUGAAAGGGGCUGAUGUGUGUAGAAACAAUAAUACCUAAAAGAUAUUACAAACAAGCGUUUUGACCCUUGAAAGAUGGUGAAAUAUGCCUUAAAAUGUACGAUUUCAGUUUCUUUUAAGAAACAUAACACGUUUUGAAAAAACUAUCUUUAGGAUAUUUUCUAUUAUUCUAGAUAUUAGUAGUGUCAGCAUUUCCCUUUCAAAUGACACUAAAAAAUUGUAUGGAUCAAAAUUUAGAAGUAUUGCAUAUGUUUCGAAGAAAUGAUGAGGUUUUUGGAUUAUCGGAUGCCUGUGUAUUUACAUAAGCGUUGUUGACUGAUAGAUACUAGUUCUAUAUUAUUAUAAACAUCUGAUUGUGUAAAUCUCUAUUCCCAUAUACUGGUUUAAAAAAAUGAAAAUCGAACCAUAUGCGUUCAGCCCUUCCAUCACUAUCCUGAGUUUUCAGUUUUCAGAAUUUGUCCUCAUUACUUAACACGCAUCUUGAUCAUUUCAUGCUUAUUAUUUAAGAUCUGAACCAUGUUAUAUUUCAUUUAUGUUAACAUUUCUCAUGACAGUCCAUUGUUUUCACCUAUUCCUGCAUCAUGUACAAACCCAUCAAUAUGACAGGACUUGUGAUAUAGUAUUGCAUGAUAUUAUAUGUAUAUAUUUAAGAUUGCCUUUGAAUGUUUAAUAUUGAAUAUUUGUUAUUGAACAAAGUACAUGUAUGUACAAGAUUGUAUAUGUAUACAUGUAUGUCUAAGAUUGUACAUGUAUGUUUAAAAUCUACAUGUAUGUCUAAGAUUGUACAUGUAUGUUUAAGAUCGUACAUGUAUGUCUAAGAUUGUACAUGUAAGUCUAAGAUCGUGCAUGUAUGUCUAAGAUUAUACAUGUAUGUUUAAAAUUGUGCAUGUAAGUCUAAGAUUGUACAUGUAUGUCUAAGAUUAUACAUGUAUGUCUAAGAUUGUACAUGUAUGUUUAAAAUUGUGCAUGUAAGUCUAAGAUUGUACAUGUAUGUCUAAGAUUAUACAUGUAUGUGAGAUGUGCUUACUUUGAAGUUGUUUCAUUAGAUUUUGGAUUUUGGAAAUAAAAA